GGAGGAUCUUUCUAAUUUUUUAGAAUUGAGGCCCUCUCUGUCUCAAUAUCAGAAAGGCUAAAUAAAUAACCUUUCUUUACUCUUUCAUUUCUCUUAUGCUUUUCUGAAACCCUAGCAGCUCAUCUCUCUAAAACAUAAAGGGAAAAAAGAAGCACAGAAAAUAGUAGUUCCCAAAGAAAUCAAAAAACAAAAAGGAAGAAGAAAAGAAAAGCCUCUGCUUCUCUCCCAUCCAUCCAUCCAUCCAUCCAUCAGUUUUUAUAUAUUCUCUCCUUUUAAUAGAAACUUUGGCUCUCUCCAACUGAGACCAGGAAAAGAUUUUGCUUCCAAUUUCAGAUCUCAGGGCUUCAAUGAUAAAGACAUGUUCCUCUCUCUCAAAAUGCUGUUCUUAGACAAGGAGAUAUGAGAUAUAUACAUAUAUAUAUAUAUAUAUGUAUCACUUUUCCACUCACUUCACCAUGCAUUUUUUCCCACUACCCUCAUAAUCUCUCUCUCUCUCUCUCUCUCUCUCUCUCUCUCUCUCUCCAUAUUAUUUGUGACCAUCUACAUCUUCUUGUUCUUAGCUAGCCAUGGAUUCUGAUAAUAGUGAAAGUAUGCAAUCUUCAAGUGGUGGUGAAGAUCAAGACCAUGAAAUCUCAAGACCCAAUUCGAUCCCGGGUUACUUGAAUUCUCCGACCCAAUUGUUUGAUUCCUCCGACCCAAUAGUGCACCCUUCUCUCCCUUCUCAUUACCAAAACCAUAACCCCCAACCCACUAACGCAACAUUUUUUGAUCAUCAUAUCUCAUCUCGUAAUUAUACUUAUAAUCAUUUCCACACAGCAUUGUCUCAACCCCAACCAAACUCAUCAAACCCAAAUUUCAUCCCCAACUCAAGAUCCAAUCAACCCAACUCCACCAACCCAGUUCCCAACCCGCAACCUUCAUCAACUACUACUCAAGCUCUCUUAGCUUCUUCAAGAGGAGGACAGACCAACCCCGUUGCCACCCGGAACACAAAGAAGAGGACAAGAGCUUCUAGGAGGGCACCUACCACCGUGCUCACCACCGACACGUCAAAUUUCCGAGCAAUGGUGCAGGAGUUCACUGGCAUCCCAGCACCCCCAUUUUCAGCCUCAUCGUCAUCACCAUACGCUCGAAGGCUCGAAAUGUUUGGCUCUGGAAUAAGGUCACCUCUCCACCCUUUACGCCCGUUGGCUCAAAAGCAGCCUCCUCCAUUCCACUCUUCCGUCAGUGUGCCCAAUUUUGGGGCAAGACCUAGCCCCCGCGGAGUAAUUGGUAAUUUAGCCAUGCAUUCAUCACUUGAGGGCCAUUUGGCUCUGAACCAUCAUGGAUCAUCACCAUAUGUUAACACAAACCAGCUCGGUAGUGGAUCAAUAGACGACAGCCACGUGGCAGCUUCAGAUGGCAAUGAUGGCUGGAGGGAUCAUGGAGUACUUGGAUCAAGUGAUGGGGGAUUAUCAUCACAAGAUCACCAUUUGAGGCCUAGUUUGGACAAGUGUUUGGAGAUGAAUAAUGUUAAUUCUACUAUUAGAGGUGAAGGUGCGGUGGACUCGUGGAUUUCUCCGACUUCAGAUCACUAGAUAAUGUUGAUGCUAGCUGGUACUAGUACUACUGCUUGAAGGAGAGCCGUUGGCCUUGGUGGUGGUGGUGGUGAUAAUGAAGAGCCUACAUAUAUAGCUGCUGUUGUUUUUAUCCCUCACCAUUCAACUUACAAAAUCGUGACAAUAUGUAACUAAUAUGACGCAUCAUCAGUAGUUCAAUUAUAUAUAGUUGUAUAUAGCUAGCAAGGUAUCAUAUUUUCUUAAUUUAUUAUAUGUAGCUCGGACUUAUUUAGAGUAUGUAUGUACAAUACUUUCUUUUUUUCUUUAUUUUUAUUGUAUUACAACUUACAAAGUAUAUAUUCAUUCCUAUCGUAUUUUCUCCAUUAA